AUGAAUCUGGUGAGACCAGCAAAUGAAAAGUUUCCGCCGCCGUUGGUGGCGAUGCCGGCGGCUAGGGAUUUGAAACCGAAGUUUCCAUUGCCGGAAACAGGACGGAGAACAAGAUCCGUCGAUAACCCACCUCGUGAAAACCCGCUGGAGAAGACGAGAUCUGUCGAUAAUCCGCCUCGUGAAAACACGCCGGAGAAAACAAGAUCCGUCGAAAAUCCGCCGUUGAAGCCAGUUGAGAAAUUAGGUGUAGGAAGAAAGGCAGUGCCGCCGAGCGGGAAGAUAACGACGCCGAACCUAAAGAUGUUCACAUUAGUGGAUCUUAAGACGGCUACAAAGAAUUUCCGGCCAGAAUCGAUUAUCGGAGAAGGAGGAUUCGGACAGGUUUUCAAAGGAUGGUUGGAAGAGAAGACCUUAGCUCCGUCGAGACCCGGCGUCGGAAUACCAGUCGCCGUUAAGAAAUCAAACCCUGAUAGUGCUCAAGGCUUACAUGAAUGGCAGGCAAAGCUUAUAAUUGAGCCAAUAUAA